CAUAAUGGCUCCCAAAAGAAACAAUGUCAUACCUAAUGGGCACUUCCAUAAGGAUUGGCAGCGCAUGGUCAAAACAUGGUUUAAUCAGCCAAUGAGAAAGCAGCGAAGGAGGAAGAAUCGAAUUAAGAAAGCAUUAAAAAUUGCUCCCCGCCCUGUUGCUGGACCCCUAAGACCAAUAUGUCGAUGCCCAACAUUCAAAUACAACACAAAAGUGAGAGCUGGCCGAGGAUUUACACUUGAAGAACUCAAGCAAGCUGGUAUUAACAGGAAAUUGGCAAGAACAAUAGGAAUUUCUGUUGAUCACCGCCGCAUGAACCGAUCGAUGGAAUCAUUGCAGCAGAAUGUACAGCGGUUGAAAGAGUACAGAUCUAAACUGAUCCUCUUCCCAAGGAAAGCCAGCAAACCCAAGAAGGGUGAUGCUAAUGAGGAACAGAUAAAGACUGCCACUCAGCUGAAGAGUCCGUUUAUGGUGAUCAGACAGAGUACGCGACACGAGAAGGCUCGCGCCAUUACCGACGAAAUGAAGAAAUACAGUCCAUUCAUCGCACAGCGACGGGCUAGAGCCAAUGUCAGACUUCAAGGCAUCCGAGAGAAAAAGAAACGUGAAGCAGAAGAGAAGGACAAAUAAAACUGUUGUAAAUUGUCAUUCUGCCAAUUAAAAAAAAAAAAGAGAGAAAAAAGAAUACACAGAA